CCGAUGCAGUUCAUUCUGUGUUUUGAAUUUGAGCGUGGAAGUCGGCCUAUCAAUAAAUCUUCAGAGUGUUAAAUACUAUUAUUUAAAUUAUUAUAAAGUUAUGAACAGUUUUUGACGGCGAGUUAGUGUUCUUUGGGUAUCGUUGAAGUGUCAUGGAAAGGAAAGAACAUUUUUUAUAUAAAGUUGAAUAUUUUCAUUUCACAAGAUUUUGUGAAGAUAUAUUACUCUACAAAUUAUAACUAACUGGAGUACCUAGUUUAUUGGAUACUGAAGACUGAUAGUUAAUUUAUGAAAUACAUAGUUUAAGGACAGCCGGUAGCAGCAUAAUAUAAAGAAUUAUCCUCAGCUCCCGAUAGACGUCGAAGAAAAUGUCCACAUCCAUUUCCACGACGCAAACAGCCACGGUCUUGCCAAAAGCAGUCAGCUCGUUGAAGAAGAGCGAAGAAAAGCCACCGCUUCAACGGUCCUCGUCCAUAGAAACAAUCAAACGAAUCAACACAAUCAUCUGCAGUCCCCAAACCUACAUCUUGCCGGCCAUGUUAACGACGUGGCUGAAAACGGGCCAGACCGGUCUACAAUCUUCCACCGAAAAGACGAUUUUUAUGUUUCGGUCGCUUCUAUUCGGCUACCUCUUACAGAAGUUCGUAUCAGUUUGGAGGAAAUCUGGAGUGAGCAAAUCGAACAUUACCAUACAGAAAACCUCAGCUCAAUUGACCGCCAAACUUUUCGAGAGCUUUCCCAGUUUCUUCAUAUCAGUAGCUUUUUAUUUAGUGACGCUUUUACUCAUUGCUCAAAUUGUACUGUGUGUUCUUCUACUUAAUCAGUGCCUUUUACCAUACGGCAUGCAUUUUCUUUUCGCAACCGCCACCUAUAUAGCUGGUUUGGGAUACAAAAUAAACUGUUACAGCUACUCAAAGCCAAAGAAACAUACGAAGCUCAAUUAGGAUUAGUAAGGACUUUAUAACUCUUUGAAGACGAUUAUGUUUUUCAAUAAAUACCUCGGAUUUGUAUGUAUGUAAUGUGCCGUGCUAAUUUAAACCAAAGAGUUAUUUUUUAUACUAUAAACUAUUAUACAGGGUGCUAUAAAGUAGAGAGAGAUUGAAUGCAAGUAAAUUAGACUGUAAGAAAAGUUCGAUCUUUUUUACUAUUGAAAAAGGAUUCGAAUCUUUAAAGAAAGGCUGAAAACAUUGUGAAUUAGCUACUAAGAUUGUGAAGAUUAAUAUUUUUACUGGACCUAGUUUUUAUACUGUUCUAGUAUUAAUAAAAACUUAAAUUUAUAAUAUACUUAAAUCUGUAAAACUAUUUCAGUGUAGAUAAUAGAAAACUAGAUUCCUUAUUAAAAUUAAGUAGAUACUCAAGAAGGCUCAAAUUGUGUUGUAUUCAUUUUUAUAAAUACAUUUUUUAAGGAUGAUAUAUAA